UAGAUAGAGAGAGUUACCUUGUAGAUAUAGAUAGAUAGAUAAUAUAUCCUGUCAUAGGUUAAUAGCAAUUACAUAACUUCCGUCCUGUUAUUUUUAUUUCCCUAGACACUUGAAAAUGACCACACAUGUUGUUGGGGUUUUUCUCAUUAAAUUCCGUAAACAAUUUUAAUGAAUUUCCUGUGUGUUUUUAUCAUUUGAUCUGUGUGAAGUUUUAGCGGUAAAAGAAAGAAAAAAAAUGAAAGUGCAAAUCUUGCUGAAACGCGUUUUUCUAGGAUGUUUUUUCUUGGCGCUGCACAAUCCACAUGUCGCGUCGUCUCCUGAAGACAACAUCUGUGGCCUCAAUGAUGAAGGCAAAACUGUUUGUUGUGCGUACUAUUACAAACUCAGCGAUGAAUGUAUAAAGUGCCCGCUGGGAUCCACAGGCCUAAGAUGCGAUAGGCGUUGUAAGUUUCCCGAGUAUGGAGAGCUCUGCCUGCAAAAAUGUAAUUGUUCUCGUGAGCGUUGUCAUUACGCUUAUGGAUGUUUGGAAUCUUCAUCACCAAUUACAGCAAUGACCUCUGAGGCUGUUAAUGAGCAAUUCACUUCAACCUCAACCGGGAUUUCCAGACACGAAAAUAAUGGAAUAUCUUUAGAAUUGGGAGAGACUUUGAAGAUGUAUGGCUUUAUCUCCAUCGUGAUUGGAGCUGUUGUGGUGAUACUUCUUCUGAUAGUAAUCAUUCAAAGACAGUCACAAGAAUGUGGAAGACAAAAGUACGGACAGAACAAAGUGCUGGAAGAAGCACCGGCUACUUACGAAUCUGUUCCGGUUAUCGUCAAUCACACGGACCACUAUACACAACUCCAGAACCACUCUGAAACGUUAGGACGCGGUGUUGCGCAGCUGCAAUGUGGCAGAACCCAAAUCCCUUACACUGAUCAAUCGGGAACAUCCUUCCAGGACAGACAGUGUUCAGUAUUGUAAAAGUCCUUCUGUUGUGAUGUAUACAUGGACGUGUCAAAUACAGAAAUCAUCGAAAAAAGUCUUAAUUCUAAGCUUGUUGAGAGGGGUCAAACAAUUCUCAUUCAUGUAAUAAACGAACAUGCAGAUACUAUAGAAAAUAAAAACGCUUUGGUAGUAUGGAUUAGGCAGAUGAUUUCAUACUGGUAAGCACAAUCUAGGAUAGUUGUACAAAUUGUUGAUAUCCUGAAUUCGGUCACGUGAUAAUACUUUCUUGGGUACGACUAUAAUUACCGCUUCAAAGGUAUUUGGAUCAAUUUACUACAUUCACCCAGUUAAUUGCUUACGCAAUGACAUCAUGAUAGAAACAAGAGGGUGCAUUAGUAGAUUUGAUCACGUACCGACUUCAUGCUACAAUGUAUUUACCGAUGAAACUCUAAGAAUGAUAUUUUAUUUCUUAUAUUUAUAUUUUGAUUUGUGUUCUUAUCGAGGUUACAUACGUAUAUAGCAAAGGACCGAAAUCUACAGAGGUGUGCAUCAUUGCUGACGAUAUUAUUUAAAAGUCUAAAGUUAAAUUCAGGUGACUGCUUAUCAGGAAUAUCCAAUAAUUUACAUCGAUGGAUCUAUUUCCUUGCUAGAAGUUCAAUGCUAAAGUCGUCAUUUAAUUCAUUGAUUAAUCAUAUGCUUUACAAAACCUCUAUGGUCGUUAUAAGAUCUGGUUUGCCAAUACAAUCUAUCAUUGAGUCAAAUGCUGUCUGAUGUGUUUCAUUCAGAUUAUUAGAUGCUCUUGGCACACUGAUUUUGACUACGGAUAACUCCGUUUACCUGAUCAAGAUAUAGUACUCACGGCGGGUGUGACCGAUCGACAGGGGAUGUUUACUCCUCCUAGGCAUCUGAUCCCACCUCUGGUAUAUCCAGGGGUCCGUGUUUGCCCAACUUUCUAUUUUGUAUUGCUCAUAGGAGUUAUGAGAUUGAUCACGGUUUGUUGUCUUCACCUUUCAUAUACAAUAUUUCCAUUAAAAACCCUUAUCUAUGGUCACUAACAUCCACGAUUCCUGUUUUGUGUGUUUAAAACUUUCAAUUAGAAAAAAUGAAUUUUUUUCUACAAAUCGUUUAAAAACAGUAUAGAAAGAAUUCUAAAUUCACACAAUUAGUUUCACAUAUUUCUUAUACAGUUUCAAAAAUCGUAAAGCUGUUUGAACUUGUCCCCUCUUUAAAUAUUUUUUUCUCAUAAAAGUACACAUUAUAUCCAAUUUUCGAAAAACAAUGCAUUGCCUUUAUAAAGAAAAUUGCAACUGUUCCAUAUCGGAUGUUGCAAAUUUUCAUCCGAUGAUAUCAUUUGUAUUAUGUUGAUGCAAGCCUUACCAGGUAAACUUAGUUUUGAAGCAACCUGCAUAAGUUUAAAUAUAGCUACAUGUGUACAAUGCAGUAUCUCUGCUAUGCAUGAUUCAACAAAUAAAGUUAGCUUUCUUCCAUUCCAUGAUUUAAAGAGUUUCUCUGUAUCGUGAAAGGUGAAGAUAACGAACAGUGAUCAAUCUCAUAACUCCAAUAAGCAAUGCAAUAUAUAUAGUUGGGAAAACACGGACCCCUGGACACUUCAGGUGGGAUCAGGUGCCUAGGAGGGGUAAGCAUCCCCUUGUUGACCGGUCACACCCGCCGCGAGCCCUAUAUCCUGAUCAGGUAAACGGAGUUAUCCGUAGUCAAAAUCAGUGUGCCAAGAACGGCUUAACAAUUGGUAUGAAACAUGUCAAAUAGCAUUUGACCCAAUGAUAGGUUGUAUUGACGAACUAGAUCGUUAUAACGACCAUAGAAUUUGGUAAAUGCUUACUUCAAUCGAGACUGUUGAAACCCCUGUACCAUCAACUUGUGUGUCAGUAGCUUACCUCGAUUUAAAAACUGACUAUAUGCAGAACAAGCUCUUGCACAUCGAAUCAGUAGAUUAUCGCAUUUUUUAUAACACUAUUUUGUAAUGUGAUAAUGUGUCAAAUAUAAACUCCUAAACACCUUACUGCUUUAUACGUUAUCUUAACACCAUGUAAGUCAUAAUAAGUACAAAUAUUUCAGAUUGCCUAAUAGGAUACAUUCUGCCUUUCUUAUGUUUAUACAUGUAUUUUGUCCUACUUGUCGCAAAAUCUAAAAGUGUUCAAUAACAUUUCUUCAAAUAAAAGUUAGAUAAUCCA